AUGAAUAUUCGAAAGUUCAUACCAUCUUUAGCUUUAAUGCUUAUAUUCUUCGCUUUUGCAAACCUGGUAUUAUCAGAUGCAAAUGACAAAACAAAAAAGCCCGCUGGAAAAGGAUCCCCUUCAAAUUUACAAACCCCAGGAAGUUCUUCAGGUACCUCUCAUCAUGCUGCUGGACCUAAUCAAGGUGGACUAUCUCAAGGAGGUCUUUCUUCAAAAGAUUCUGCUGACAAAAUGCCUUUAGAAACUCAGCUAGCUUUAGAAGAAAUCAAGAGCUUAUCCAAUAUGUUAGAUAAAAAAACGACAGUCAACAGAAACUUAAUCAUAAGUACUGCUGUCACAAAUAUGAUCAUGUUGAUCAUAUUAUCUGGUAUAGUUGGAUUUAAAGUUAAGAAAACGAAG